UGCACCAACGAAAGGCGACAGCUUCGACGUCGAUGAAUCCACAGGUGGUCGUACGGAUGAUCCUGCGGCUGCCGAGGCAGGUGACGCAGCGGUAAACGAGGAGGGGAGCGUUCGUGUCGGGAAUUGUCCCUCGUCUUCAUCACUUGCUCUUCUUGGCGCUAGCAAACGCGACACUGCCAGCGAUACCGCAAAAGAAGGCAAGAACAGUGAGGGAAGCACUCGCGGAGACGCUUCCGAUGCGGGGGCAACGGGAGAUGUCGUUGCCGCAUCCUCUUCAGGUUCAGCCAAGCCCGACCUAAGAAUUUCUGACAAGAAUAUGUUCAACCUAACUCCUCCUGGUGGAACCGCGGACGCCCUCUUAAAAGCCGAUAGGGCAAAACACGGGAAGAUACGACAAAGACUGCUUCGCAAGCUUCACAUCCGAGAAAUCACAAACAAGAACUUCGAGGGCGAAUUCGAGGUAAUUAUCUUCAUGUCGCAUUAUGUUGGACAUGGUUUUGUCGUUUUACUAACAAGAAAACCAAACUUCUGUAUUCUUGUUUUUAACUACAGCUGCAAUUAUCAAAAAAGAAUUUCCAUCUCCAUUUUCAACAUAAAAUCUUCAUGUUGCUACAACUUCAGCUGAUGGCGUAUACAGCAAAGAAGGCGAAGUAUUGUUUCAUCUCCGGAUUGAGCGCUGGGUUCCAAAAUAGUCAGGGUUGGCUUCCUUUGUCGGAAAUGAGCGGUGACAUACAAAACUAUCGGCAGUUGCGGGACAACCUGAACAACACCGGCUGCAAGAUGCUCCAACUCUCCGUGUGUUUUACAGAUCGGUGGUUGCAGUUUCCUGAUACAAAGGCUACGUUGGAUACAACACCGACUUCUAAGAGGACUCAACAGGCAAAGCACGGGGAUGCAACCACGAAUGAGGUUGUUGCUGACGAUCAAAAUCAGAAGUCUUUCUCAACUUCAACGUCAACUUCUUCAUCCUCCGGCGCAACUAAUUCCUCUAGCACAGGAGCCAGCAAAAACCAAUCGGCAAGUGGAAGUGCCAACUCGACAUCCAAUCUGAAGUCUUCAUCUGGUGGUCUAGAACAAGGUGCGUCAGGUAAUAGUUUAGAACAAAGUAUCUCGACAGCCGCAGGAUCCGCGUCUCCAGAAAAGCAGCCGCCAGCUGCAUCGAUCCUAGAAGCAGAAAAGGAGAAGGACGAUGUCGAUGAAUCUGCCUACCCCCUUGUUUGGCAGAUGUUGUUCCAUUUCGAUUGGAACUCAGAUCUUCGGGACAAAACAGAGGUGAACGAUCUAUUCCACGUGGCUCAGGAUAUCAUUAAGGGUAGGCUUUUGGCGUUUCUGUUACCGUUUGUUUUGCCUCCCCUAUUGGGGACGUACGAGCAUAACAAAUGGGGAACAGAAACCCCAAGGGCUUCGCGCUAAUAUCAAAACAACACAUGAAGUAAACGCUGG